AUGAUGUCUUGCCGGUCGUUGGAUGAUCUCCUGUCCUCACCAGAUGUGAUUUUCACCAUUCGAGUGUGGGAACUCGACACAGCAACUAAAACAAUCCAUCCAUCUGAAUGCUACGCGGGGCAACUGAGAGGAAUCAGCGUGUGUGUUCAGAUGACAGACGAUGAUGGUGAUUUUCAUCUUGGCACGACGAGUGGAGAUGUCCUGAAAGUGAACACAAGCAGCAAGGUGCUGACUGCCUGUGGGCCCCAGAAGAAGAAGUUGAGCAUGGGAGUCACAGCUUUGCUUUUGCCGAAGACAGGAGGUUUAAUAGUCGGCACCGGAGAAGGGACUGUAGCUCUCUGUACAGGCUCAGACUGCCAAGUAAAGAAGAGAAUGCGAGUUGAAGGUGCUGUCACUUCCCUGACGUGUAGAGGUCGGGACGACCAGUUCUUUCUAGGGACAAAUAAAGGCCAGAUGCACCGCAGUGCCUACGCUACAUUUAAAGAGGAGCUGGUCGCCGUCUGUCACACCGAAGCCGUCAACGACAUUGUUUUUCCUGAUGGAUCAUCUCUCCAGAUGGAAAAUGGGAUUUUGAUCCAAAUGAACAUUUUUGGCGUAUUUUUAUUGCUUCGCUUCUCGGCCCAGCACAAAGGAUCAGAUGUCACCGAGGUGCAGGGAGUGCAGGGUGCAGGAAGCGCUCCUCCCUGCCUGCCGCCAGCCUCAAACCCACAUCUUCUCAUUUAA